AUGCUCGUGCCCCCGGAUAUGCUGAGCGCGCAGUCCAAGCUGCUGUAUCAACUGAACAAGUUCUACGGGGAAAGAGUGCAGGCGCGACAGGGAACCGUGGCGAAAACGGUCCGCGAGGUCUGCAAGGUGGUCCAAGACGUCCUGAAAGAGGUUGAGGUGCAAGAGCCACGCUUCAUCUCCUCCCUCAAUGAAUGCAACGGCCACUUCGAAGGCUUCGAGGUCGUCUCGCCCUCCGAAUUCGAGGUCGUUCUCUACCUCAACCAAAUGGGGGUGUUCAACUUCGUGGACGACGGUUCCUUGCCCGGAUGCGCUGUCCUCAAGCUCAGCGACGGUCGCAAGAGGUCCAUGUCCUUGUGGGUGGAAUUCAUCACUGCUUCCGGAUACCUUUCGGCCCGCAAAAUUCGCUCUCGCUUCCAGACGCUGGUAGCUCAAGCCUGCGACAAAUGCAGCUAUAGAGACAUCGUGAAGAUGGUGGGAGACACCAGCGAAGUGAAGCUCCGGAUUAGGGAGAGGUUCGUCGUGCAGAUCACACCAGCUUUUCGGUGUAGUGGACUGUGGCCACGAUCGGCUGCCCACUGGCCCAUACCCAAUAUCCCGUGGCCAAACCCCAACCUUGUGGCAGAAGUGAAAGCUGAAGGCUUCGAUCUGCUGUCCAAAGAGAGCGUUACGCUGCAAGGGAAGCAAUCUUCUAUGGAAGGAGAUGCUUGGGUCUUGAAUUUCUGCGAAGCCGAAAACAGAUUGCUGCAAGGUGGAUGCAGGAAAAAAUGCCUAAGCAUUCUAAAGACGCUCAAAGAUCUUCAUCUAGAGCUCCCCGGUACUCCCGUCACCAGUUACUAUCUUAAGACUUUACUUCUUUAUGAAUGCGAAAAGCACCCGCACGAGCUGGAAUGGGACGAAACUUGCCUGGGCGACCGCAUCAACGGGAUUCUUCUGCAGUUGAUCUCUUGUCUUCAGUGUCGGAGGUGUCCCCAUUAUUUUCUUCCUCAGUUGGACCUCUUCAAAGGCAAGUCUGCCACCUCUUUAGAAAAUGCUGCUAAGCAAACUUGGAGACUCACUAGAGAACUUCUAACGAAUCCCAGAUCUCUCGAGAAACUCACGCUCCAAAGUAUAUGAGGAUGUACGAACGGUGUACCAUUUCGUCCGACUCGAUAUCGA